AGGCAGGCCAGCCUUGGCCGCUUCGACACGGCGGUGGAGGCGGCGGUGGCGUACGCGCGGGCGGUCGGGGAGACGGAGGCGGAGGCGGCGGCGGCGGCGGAGGCGGCGGAGGCGGAGGCGGAGGCGGCGGUGGCUGGCGGCUUGCGCCUCCACCCCUGCAGCGGCGGCACCGGCUACAGGGGCGUGCGCAGGGAUAAAUCGCGCUUCGAGGCGCGGUACAGCGCGAACGGAAGGUGGGCCAGCCUUGGCCGCUUCGACACGGCGCGGCAGGCGGCGGUGGCGUACGCGCGGCACUUCGGCAGCUUCGACCCCGACGCCGCGGACCGGCGAGCCGCGGCCAGUUUAACCGCCUCCGCGCUCGCCGACCAGCGCGAGCGGCGCCACGAGCAGCGGCUGACGCGGGCGUCGCUUCGGCUCCCCGUGCUGCCAGAGCGCGAGGACGGCUACACGCCGAAGGAGCGGACGGCGCUCGUCGAGCACGAGGCGGAGGCGCUCACCGAGUGGGUGCUGGAGAUGCUCGAGCAGGACCCGCACGCAGUCACGUACGUCAUGACGGGCUCUCGCGACACGAUGGAGCUGCACGGCGACAACCUGAGCGCCUGGGAGGUGCUCAAAACGUCGAUCUUCCGCGGCCCGAGCUCGUACCUGCUCUUCCAGGGCGGGCAGGCGACGCCCGACGACGUCCGCGACGCGAUCGCCAAGGGGUGGCUGCACGUCUCUUCCCGGCCGACGACGUACGCGCGGGGCGAGACCGGGUGGAGGAGGCGACGCAGCGCGCCGUCAUCUACGGCAAGCCCGCGGACACGGCCCGCGAUAACCUUCUCUGGCGGAGGUGCGGCACCGGUGGCAACACGCCCGGCAUGGUUUGCGGCUACCAGACGCGCGCCUUCGUCCUCUCCUCCAAGGCGCUUGAGAAUGGCUGGGAGGUGGUGCCACACCCGAGCGCGGUGACGCGCGACGCCGACGGCAUGGCGAUCGGCGAGUGCCUUGCGGCACACGCGAUGGCGCCGCAGCCGGAGGGGCGGGCUCUGCCCCUCAAGUCCCUGUGAGAUUGCUCACGCCUGUGCACAGGCGCCUGCGCUGGACCUCACGGUGCUCAACGCCGGGCGGGCGCCAUGCAGGCAGGCGCCAUGUCUUGACAGCCGGGCGGGCGCGGCAGUAAGGUGCGCUCGCUGUGCACGCGUCUUUUUUUUCCCGGCCGGGGGUUUGCAAGGAAGGGCGGUGU